AUGCUUCGUAAUAAAAGCGAAGCAUUAGAAGCCUUUAAAGUUUUCAAGGCUGAAGCAGAGAAACAAUGCGGAAAGCAAAUUAAGAUUGUGAAGACUCAUAGAGGUGAAAAAGGAAUUCGCGAACCUGUCAAUGGAGAUGAAGCUUACUGCUGGGCCAAAAAAAAGCAGGCUUGGGAAGCGGCAUCACAGGCUGUUAAGGACGAGGAGGCAAUUAAACAAAAGCUUUGUGAGGAUUUGAAUAGCCUGGUUCUGGAAAGUAGCAACAGUCAGCUAGCUAGAUUGGAGGAAUUGAAAAGACGGCUGGAAGCUUUGAAUCCAAGUAGAGCAUCCACUGCCUCGGCCUCUGAUCAAAGUCCUGUGGGACCUGUACAAAGCAGCAUGACUCAAGAUGUUUCCUCAGUUAACGAUACACAAGAAUCGGUGAGCGGAUCAUCUGGAAAUACAUUGAAAGAAGGAAAUGCUAGAAGUAGUGCAGCAGAAAAUGGACAAAAACAAUUGCCUUCUCUUGAUGAAGCAAGAAGUAAGAAGAAAAUCAAUCUCCAGGGAAGAGGAAAGGGAAUUGGCAUAGUGCCUACAGGUAGAGGUUCAGCAGCACCUGGUUGGACUGGAGCUGGGUUUGAUGUUGAUGGUAGAAGUUGAUUAUUGAUAGCAGGUUUUCUCAAUGUUUUAAGUUCAUUGGAAUAAGAGACAUUGAUUUUCAAUGAGGUAGAUCGUCCGGUCCGAAUCAUUAGUAAAAUUCUUUACUCUCUUCUAUUAUACCAUGUAUGUGAAAUAUCGUUUCUGAAAUUCUAAUGACAUGUGAAUACGUUGAAUAUAUAGUUCCUGAAUCUUUCUUGUGUAAAUCGAUUUUAGUUUGCGUUAACCUAG